AUGAAUGGUUUCACCAAUAAACCCCUUCGUGUUUUAAUGUUUCCAUGGUUAGGUUAUGGUCACAUCUCUCCAUUCCUAGAGUUAGCCAAAAAGCUAAGCCAAAGAAACUUUGUUAUUUACUUAUGUUCUACGCCAGUAAUCCUGAACUCUAUAAAAAAAAAACUUAGCCCGGAAUUUUCACCAUCGAUCCAUCUCUUGGAACUUCAUCUCCAAACAUUACCAAAUCUUCCUCCAAGUCACCACACUACCAAUGGCCUCCCACCUCAUCUCAUGAACACUCUCAAAGAAGCUUUUGACUUAGCUAGUCCUGAUUUUGCCCUAAUUUUGAAAACCCUAAAACCCGAUUUAUUGAUUUAUGAUUUUCUCCAACCAUGGGCUCCUAAGUCUGCUGCUGAAUUAAAAAUCCCAGCUGUUGAGUUUAUUAGUAGUAGCUCCACGAUGACAGCUUACAUGCUGCAUGAGUUCAACAAGCCAGGUAUUAAAUUUCCAUUUUCGUCUAUUUGUUACCGCGAUUAUGAGAAAGCUCGUAUUGAGAAACAAGAAGCAUCUAUCUCUGUGGAAAAGCUUGAAGAAGAUAAAAGGAGAGUUAGAGAAUGUUUUUACUUAUCUUGUGAUAUUGUUUUGAUUAAAAGUUUUAAGGAGAUUGAGGGUAAGUAUAGUGAUUAUAUCACUAAUUUAACUGGAAAAAAAGUUGUACCUCUUGGUCCUUUAGUUCAAGAGCCUACACUUGAAGAUAGUGAAUCAGAGUUAAUAACAUGGUUGAAUGAAAAAGAGAAGAAAUCCACAAUUUUUGUAUCUUUUGGGAGUGAAUAUUUUUUGUCAAAGGAAAAUUUGGUAGAGAUUGCUUAUGGGUUAGAAACUAGCAAGGUGAAUUUUAUAUGGCCAAUAAGGUUCCAAAAGGGGGGAAAUCUUGAACUUGAAGAGGCAUUGCCUAAAGGUUUUUUCAAUAGGGUAGGGAAUAGGGGAAAAGUUUUUAAUGGAUGGGCUCCACAAGCAAAAAUUUUGGAGCAUUCGAGUAUUGGUGGAUUCGUGAGUCAUUGUGGAUGGAGUUCUGUAAUGGAAAGUAUGAAAUAUGGGGUCCCGAUUAUCGCGAUGCCUAUGCAUAUUGAUCAACCAAUUAAUUCUAGGCUUGUUGAAGAUGUUGGCAUUGCUGUGGAAGUUGUGAGGGAUAGUGAUGGAAAGCUUCAUAGAGAGGAAGUUGCAGCCAUAAUCAACCAAGUUGUGCUUGAUAAGGAUGGUGAAUUUGUAAGGCAAAAGGCAAAGGACAUGAAGGAAAAGCUUUGCAUCAAAGAAGAUGAAGAAAUUGAACAAGUUGCCAAGGAGUUGGAAAAGCUAUGUGCUAAAUUCUUGUAG